GUGGCACAAGUUAUAUGGUGCAACUUACGCUUUAGCAGUUGGCUUGGAUUCUCUUGAGGAUUCUUCUCAGCCAGCAUACGCCGCCGAGGUUUCUGGUCCUUGCUCCUUGUGAGGCAAGGUGGACCUCUUGCUGCAGUGCUGGAAGGCUUUGAUAGAGGGUCGCAUGAGAUGAACCAGGAUCAAUGGUUCCCUCCCCUGCACUGGCACUAACUCUUGGCAUGAUGUCUCACAGUACCACCCUCAGUGCUGUCUACUUCCCUUCCUCUGUUGGUUGGGGAAAGACCUGGAAGCUUGGCCUUACUGACCAGGCAAAAAAUCAGGUAGAAACUAGAAACCCUCUUUUGUCCUAAGAGCCACACACACCUCCUUCCCUCUUUUCCCUCAUUCCGAGUCGCGUGAAUGUGUGUGAGUGUGUCUGUGUGUGCAUGUGUGUGCACACACAUAGGGGUGCCAGGAGUUCAGGGGUGCUCCUUCUCUGAACUCUAUCUCCAGGAAGUCCUCCACCGAAUUGAAGACCUUGAGAAGCAAAUCAAAGAUCAAGAUGAAGUCCUGAAACAAAUAAACUGGACACUGGGUUCCGUUCCUGGUGCAGAAGAAGCCACCAUGGUCACCUGGGAAGAGCUGGAGCAAGCCAUCGCUGACGGCUGGAAAGGCUCACAAAUGGUUCGGGAUUCCACUGGUGGCCUAGAUCAGUCAUCAGAAUCCAGUGGAUACCCCUCUGAAGAUGCUGCCCUCAGGGAACGAAGCAGGGGUCCCUCUACUACUAGAUUCCUUGCAAGGGCCCGUGAUGAAGCUGGCAUGUUAAAACCCAGCCAAGCUACAUCCCAGUUAAAAGCAGAGCCAGAGCGCCGCAGAGGUAGAGAGACCUCAACACGUCCAAGAAGAGAUGAACGAGAUGCACGCCCUGGCCCAUCGCAACAGGAUUUACCCUCAGCCAGAGAUCGGCAUUAUGCAUUUCCAGAUCAGCGCCGUGGGGCACGUGUCAGCCAAGACGAAGUCUAUGCAAGGCCAGAUCAGCAAAGCAUGGGACUACCUGGCACAGUGUUGCCAUAUGCUAGCACUUAUCCACAUGGUGUGGUGCCGCUUCGUGAGAGUCAGCUUGGUGAGCCACCACCUGAAAUAUACUAUCAGGGCUUGGUACAAUUUGGCAUGGAUCAGCAUGGUGUUGUGCCACCUUUAGUACCUGGCAGAGAUCAACAAAGAUUGGAACUACCUGGUAUAGACCAAGUUGAUAUGGCCUAUCGGUAUGGCAUGAUACUUCCUGGCACAGAUCAACUCAGUAUGGAACAGGCCGGCAUACAUGAGCGUGAUAUGGGACUACUUGGCAUGGAUCAGCAAGGACUGAUACCCGCUGGCAUGGGUCAGCAACAACUGGUACUGCCUGGAAUAGAUCAACAAGGAUUGCUUCUACCUCUCACAGUUCAGUAUGAUUUGAUAUCACCUGGUUUGAUGCAAGUUGGUAGAGAUCAACAAGGUUUGCUACAGCCCACUUUGGAAGCACCUGGCUUCAUACAACCUGGCACCGAGCAGUAUGAUUUUAUCCAGCCUGAGAGAGAUCAUCCUGGCUUGGUGCAGCCUGGAAUGGUUCAUCCUGGUUUUGUGCAAACUGAUUCAGGGCAGCGUGGUCUGGUGCAGCCUCGUGCAGAUCAGGGUGGUUUGGUACCACCUGGGAUAGACCAACAAGGUUUGGUGCAACUUGGCAUAGAUCUGCAAGGUUUGGUGCAGCCAGGAGUGGAUCAGCAUGGUUUGAUAUCACCUGAUACAGUUCAGCAUGAUUUGGUGCAACCUGGGAUGAAUCAGCGUGGCUUGGUGCCACCCUGCAUGGAUGAGCAUGGCAUGGUUCUACCGGGUGUGAAUCAGCCUGGUUUGGUGCCACCCAGCAUGGGUCAGCCUGGCUUGGUGCCACCUGGUGUGGAUCAGCGUGGCUUAAUGGCACCUGGCGUGAAACAGCCUGGCUUGCUGUCACCUGGUGUGGAUCAACAUGACAUGGUGCCCCCUGGUGUGUAUCAGCAUGGCAUGGUGCCACCUGGCAUGGAUCAGCGUGGCUUUGUGCCACCCGGUGUGGAUCAGCCUGGCUUGGUGUCACCUAGCAUGUAUCAGCGUGGCAUGGUGCCACCAGGAAUGUAUCAGCGUGGCAUGGUGCCCCCCGGCAUGGAUCAGCAUGGCAUGGUGCCCCCUGGUGUGGAUCAGCAUGGCUUCGUAACACCUGGUGUGGAUCAGCGUGGGUUGGUUCCUCCUGGCAUGGAUCAACGUGCUGUAGCGCCACCAGGUGUGGAUCAGCGUGGCUUGGCUCCACCUGGCGUGGAUCAGCGUGGGUUGGUGCCCACUGGAGUGGAUCAGCGAGCUCUAGCGCCACCAGGUGUGGAUCAGCGUGGCUUGGUGCCACCUGGUGUGGAUCAGCAUGGCUUGGUGCCACCUGGUGUUGAUCAGCGUGGCUUGGUGCCACCUGGUGUGGAUCAGCGUGCUGUAGCACCACCAGUUGUGGACCAGCGUGGCUUGGUACCACCUGGCAUGGGUCAGCGUGGUUUGGUGCAACCUGGGGUGGUUCAGCAUGGCUUUGUGCCAUAUGGUAUGGAUCAAUGUGGUUUGGUCCAGCUUGGUACAGGGCAGCCUGGAAUGGGUCAGUGUGUUUUGUUACAACCUAGUACAGGGCCACAUGGCUUAGUUCAACCUGGUGCAUACAUGUCUGGCUUAGCUCAACCUGCUGGUGCAUAUCCUGGUGGUUUGGCUCAAGCUGGUGCAUAUCCACAUGGUGUGGUACAACCUGGAAUGGAUCAACGUGGUUUGAGACAACCCAGUGCUGAUUGGCAAGGCUUGAUGGCAUCAGGCACAGAACCUCGUGGCUUUCCAACAUUCCAGAGAGAUCCUCAGGGUUUGACAUCACUUUGCCCAUAUCCACCUGGUAUGGGACCUUCUGGCCGAAAGCCACGUGGCCAGGUGUCAUCACUGUUACCCAGUCGAGGUUUGGCAUCACCAAUUAUAGACCAGAGGGGUUUGGUACCACCAGAAACCUAUCAGCAAAGUUUGAUGCAUCCUGGCCUAGAGCAGCGGGGCCAAGCCCCAGAUCAACAGCUUUUGGUAUCAUCUGGGCCAGAUCAGCCAGAACAGGUGUACCCAAGUGCAGUUCAGCAAGAUAGAGAAUAUUCUGUCUCUGCCUCUGGUGGCCCAGAUUAUGAGGGUAUUGGUCCACACGAUCAGGAAUAUUUGGAUCUACGCAGAACAAGUGAUUUACAGCAACCUGGGCGACCUGCCCAGGCUGCCUCUGUCCAAGAAGUUCCCUCUUUCGUGAGUCAAGAAGACUCCGAAAGGAGUGAGGUCCAGAGUGAGCGACAUGAUUCACUGGAGAAACUGGCCCCCAACUUCCCCAUAGCGGUGGAAACGUUUCGUCUGAUGGGAGAGAUGAUCGGUCGCUAUGUGGAGCUAAAGGAGAGAAUAAAGGAUCUGGAUGAGGAGAAAGCUGGCCAGACUGACUUGGAGAAGAUAGAGUACCUACUCGCACUGAUGGUCCAAAAAACCAUACCCCCUGACCUGCAGGAACAGCUGAAAAGCAUAAAGACCUUGGCCAAAGAAGUUCAGCAAGAAAGAGCCCAACUGAACAAGCUACAAAGAAUCCUGGAGGGUGACAGUGACCGGGAAGCAGGGAAGGAGCUGAAGGCUGGUCAGCUGAGCCUGCAGCUGGGCAUCAUCAGAGUCACCGUGGCUGACAUUGAGAAGGAGCUGUCUGAGCUGCGGGAGAGUCAGGAACGAGGCAAGGCUGCCAUGGAGAACUCCGUCUCGGAAGCCUCACUUUACCUGCAGGACCAGUUAGACAAGCUGAGGACAAUCAUCGAGAGUAUGCUGGCCUCCUCUUCCACCCUGCUGUCCAUGAGCAUGACCCCACACAAGCCCUUGACUUACUUCACACCUGGCCGGAUUGACCCCAAUGCUACCUGUCCGGCCUGCAGCCUGGACCUGGGCCAUCAGGUCAGCACACUCGUACGGCGCUAUGAGCAGCUCCAGGACAUAGUCAGCAACCUGGCUGCCUCCCGGCCUUCUAAGAAGGCCAAGCUCCAGAGCCAGGACGAGGAGCUGCUGGGCCAUGUACAGAGCGCCAUCCUGCAGGUGCUGGGUGACUGCGAGAAGCUAAACAUCACUACUAGCAACCUCAUCGAGGACCAUCAGCAGAAGCAGAAGGACAUUGACAUGCUGUACCAGGGACUGGAAAAGCUCGAGAAGGAAAAGGCCAACAGGGAGCACCUGGAGAUGGAGAUCCAUGUGAAAGCAGACAAGAGUGCCCUAGCAGCCAAAGUGAGCCGUGUCCAGUUUGAUGCCACCACAGAGCAGCUAACCCACAUGAUGCAGGAGCUGGUGGCCAAGAUGACUGGGCAGGAGCAAGACUGGCAGAAGAUGUUGGACAAACUCUUGGUACAGAUGGACAGCAAGCUGGACCGCCUGGAGCUAGACCCUGUGAAGCAGCUGCUGGAGGAUCGGUGGAGAUCGCUGCGGAAGCAGCUCAAAGAGCGCCCUCCACUCUACCAGGCAGAUGAGGCAGCUGCCAUGAGGAGGCAGCUCUUGGCUCAUUUCCACUGCCUCUCAUGUGACCGGCCCCUGGAGACAGCUGUGACUGGACAAAUGAUACCCCUGAUUCCUAUGAGUCCUGGCCUGCCAGCACACCGGUCCAUUCGCCCCUACACAAUAUUCGAGCUGGAGCAGGUCCGCCAGCAGAGCCGCAACCUCAAGCUAGGCAGCACUUUCUGUCGGGGUGACCUGUCACCGAUGGAGCGGAGUGCAGGGCGCCUGCGCACCAUGCACUCCAAGAUGCUGAUGGACAUUGAGAAGGUGCAGAUCCACUUUGGAGGCUCUGUGAAGGCUAGCAGUCAGAUGAUCCACGAGCUGCUGCAGGCCCAGGGCCUCACUUCCCCUUGCUACAAACGGGUGCCAGAUGCGAUGGUGGGUUACACCUACUCCACUGUGCCCCGGCGCUGUGGAGGAAGCCACACCCUCACCUACCCCUACCGCCGUAGCCGCCAGCAGCACCUGUCCCAGGGCCCGUAUGCUCCUGAGGAGAUCCAGAUAGCCAUGAAGCAUGACGAGGUGGACAUCCUGGGCCUAGAUGGACAUAUUUACAAGGGACGGAUGGAUACGAGACUGCCAGGCAUCCUGAACAAAGACAGAGUGUCAAAGCACAAGACCAAGCAGCCCCGGCCCCACCUGCCCAGGCAUCAGGCCCUGGGUAACAUCGGACAGCUGCCCUCCCGGCCUCAGAGCACCCACCUAUUGGCUGGCAACAACUCAGUUUCUUCGAGGCAACAUCUCUCCCAGUCAGAUAUGGCCCAUCCACCCAGCCCCACUGAGAUGGAACACCUGCAGGACAACGGUUCAGGACCAGAAAUGCACAUGGACAUACCUCCUGAGGAGGAGCUAGAGGAGCCCACUCGGGGACCACGGUUCACCACUGCUCCCUGAA